AUGUGUAAAAAUGUGUUCGAAGAGAAGCUCCGAGUUUACGCCGAUAACAUGCGAAAGCUGAUCAUCACAGCGCGCAAGGCUAUCAAGGAUCUGAAGCAGGAGAACAUCACGCUCAAGCGAAAGCUAGAGGCGAGUGGUCUGAUCGAAUGCCCUGCUUGUUUGUUCCAUUUCAAACCAGAGAGAAAAAAUCGAAUUCUCCCGAAGUAUAUUAAAGUUUUUCGUGGGAAACUAGCUCUUGAGGUUGAGUUCUCUUCUUUGGACGAGAUGUCGGAGUGGUUAACAGUGAAUCAGCUUGAUGAAAAUAGUGAUGGUCUUCCUACAAUGCUCCCAAAUGAUCAAAAGCUUGAUCUGACGACGACAGGCAGUCUCCUCCACGAACUUGUAAAUGAGCAAAAAGAAUCCGAGACCAAGCAGAACAGAGUCGUGAUUAGUACUCGACGUCGUUUAAGUCACUCGAGGGUCAUCGCACAACAGUCCACAGCCGGCUUCAAGGAAAGCAGUGGGAGAAUCUGA